AUGGCAACCUCGUUGAUCUCCAAGCAACUACGCUCGUCCGAGGCUGAUCAGGACACCCAGCCCAGUUGGAUUCGCCGUCAGGUCACCUCAGGCCUGCAAUGCAUCUCUCGUCGGGCCUGUGUACACCCCAUCCACACGAUUGUGGUCAUCGCCCUCCUCGCCAGCACCACCUACGUGGGCCUGCUGGAAGGUAGCCUUUUAGAUACGUCGCGUAACUCUCGCAAUGUGGUAGGACAGGUGGAUACAGAGGCAUUGCUCCAGGGAAGCCGGAGUUUGCGCCUCGGCGAGUCAACCUCGUGGAAGUGGCAGGCCGAGGACUCCUGGGUCGAAUCCAUUCAGAUUGAGAACUCCGCUGUUCACCACCUGGCCCUGACCACCUUCAUUUUCCCCGAUUCCACCUCCAAGUCGGCCUCGACCGCCCCGACGGCUGACGAUGUCCCCGUGCCCGCCAAUGUGUCCGCUCAGUCGGUGCCGCACACCCCGAACCUGUUCUCGCCAUUCUCCCAUGACUCCUCGCUUGUGUACUCUGUGCCCUUCGCCCAGGUAUCUGAAAUGUUGAGAGCAGUCCAGGAGAUUCCGGACCCGUCUUCCGACGAGGAAGAAGAGGAGUCCAAGAAGUGGAUCAUGAGAGCCGCUCGCGGCGCUGCCGGGUCUCGCACUGCUCUGAAGCUGUGGUUCACGGAUGCUUGGAGUUCCUUCGUGGAUCUAAUCAAGCAUGCGGAAACCAUUGACAUUGUGAUUAUGGCCCUGGGGUACAUCUCGAUGCACCUGAGCUUUGUCUCGCUAUUCUUCUCCAUGCGCCGGCUCGGCUCCAAUUUCUGGCUGGCUGCAACUGUCCUGUUCUCCGGCUCCUUCGCGUUCCUGUUUGGCUUGUUGGUGACUACAAAGUUUGGCGUGCCAAUCAAUCUACUUUUGCUCUCCGAGGGUCUUCCGUUCUUGGUGGUCACCAUUGGCUUCGAGAAGCCGAUCAUGUUCACUCGGGCUGUUCUCAAUGCCUCAGUGGACAACCGUCGGCCUCGCCCCGGUGCGGCUCCUCGCCCUCUGGCCUCGAGUACCCCUGGCUCCAUUCAAGACUCCAUUGCUACUGCUAUCAAGGCGCAAGGCUUUGAGAUUGUCCAACACUACUGCAUUGAAAUUGGUUUGCUGGCCAUGGGUGCCGCCUCUGGUGUGCAGGGUGGUCUCCAGCAAUUUUGCUUCCUCGCGGCCUGGAUCCUGUUCUUCGACUGUGUGCUCCUGUUCACCUUCUACACCACCAUCCUGUGCAUCAAGUUGGAGAUCACCCGGAUCAAGCGUCAUGUUGCCCUGCGCAAGGCUCUUGAAGAAGAUGGUAUCACCCACAGUGUCGCUGAGAACGUUGCCUCGAAUAAUGACUGGCCCACCGCGGGCUCGGACGGCAGUGAGGGUGACACCAGCAUCUUUGGUCGCAAGAUUAAGUCGAGCAGUGUGCGCCGGUUUAAGAUUCUGAUGGUGGGUGGGCUGAUUCUGAUUAAUGUCGUGAACCUGUCCGCCAUUCCUUUCCGGAACACCGGAAAUGGUGCAUUGAUCUCUCGUCUGUCCAACGUUAUGGCCCCUACCCCGAUCGAUCCUUUCAAGGUCGCCGAGAAUGGCCUGGAUGCUGUCUAUGUGGCUGCCAAGAGCCAAAAGCAGGAAACUGUCGUGACCAUCAUCCCUCCGGUCAAGUACAAGCUGGAGUAUCCCUCCGUUCACUACGCGGCCAUCGAGGACUCCGGCUCGUUUGACAUCGAAUAUACCGACCAGCUCCUUGAUACUGUUGGUGGUAAGGUUCUCGAGAGCCUGCUCAAGAGUGUGGAGGAUCCUUUCAUCAGCAAGUGGAUUAUCGCUGCCCUGACACUCAGCAUCAUUCUCAAUGGAUAUUUGUUCAAUGCUGCUCGCUGGAGCAUCAAAGAGCCCGAGCCAGCCCCCGUCGCUCCUAAGGAGCCUGCGCCGCCCAAGGUUUACCCCAAGUUUGAGCCCAACGAGGAAGAGUCUACCCGUACCCCCGAGGAAUGUGAACUCAUGCUGAAGGAGAAGCGUGCUCCUCUUUUGACCGACGAGGAGCUUGUUACUCUUUCGCUGAAGGGAAAGCUUCCUGGAUAUGCCCUCGAGAAGACCAUGGAGGAUGAGAACUUGAUGAGUCGUGUGGACGCCUUCACUCGGGCCGUCAAGAUCCGUCGUGCUGUUGUCGCCCGAACCCCUGCUACUUCCGCGACGACCGGCUCCUUGGAGGCCUCGAAGCUGCCGUAUAAGGAUUACAACUACGGUCUCGUCCACGGUGCCUGCUGUGAGAAUGUUAUUGGUUAUCUGCCACUCCCUCUUGGUGUUGCUGGCCCAUUGAAGAUCGACGGCCAGGACUACUUUAUCCCUAUGGCUACUACUGAAGGUGUUCUGGUCGCUAGUACCAGCCGUGGUUCCAAGGCCAUCAACGCUGGCGGUGGUGCCGUGACUGUGCUGACUGGUGAUGGUAUGACCCGUGGACCUUGUGUUACCUUCCCUACCCUGGCACGGGCCGCCGCUGCCAAGGUCUGGAUUGACUCUGAGGAAGGCCGAAGCAUUAUCACUGCGGCUUUCAACUCGACCAGCCGUUUCGCUCGUCUCCAGAGCUUGAAGACCGCGCUGGCCGGUACCUACCUGUACAUUCGUUUCAAGACCACCACCGGUGACGCCAUGGGUAUGAACAUGAUCUCCAAGGGUUGCGAGAAGGCCCUGGAUGUGAUGGUCAAGGAAUGUGGCUUCGAUGACAUGGCUAUCAUCUCGCUCUCUGGUAACUUUUGUACGGAUAAGAAGUCAGCAGCUAUCAAUUGGACCGAUGGCCGUGGCAAGUCGGUUGUCGCCGAAGCCAUCAUCCCCGGUGAUGUCGUUAAGAGUGUGCUCAAGAGUGAUGUGGAUGCCUUGGUUGAGCUGAAUGUCAGUAAGAACCUGAUUGGUAGCGCUAUGGCGGGUAGCUUGGGUGGUUUCAACGCCCACGCCUCCAACAUUGUCUCUGCUAUCUUCCUGGCCACCGGUCAAGAUCCUGCUCAGAACGUCGAGAGCAGUAGUUGUAUUACGACUAUGAAGAACAACAACGGCAACCUCCAGAUCGCUGUCUCCAUGCCUUCGAUCGAGGUCGGUACCAUUGGUGGUGGUACCAUUCUCGAGGCGCAAUCGGCCAUGCUGGAAAUGCUCGGUGUCCGCGGUUCUCAUCCUACCACCCCUGGCGAGAAUGCCCGCCAGCUGUCCCGAAUCAUUGCGGCCUCUGUCCUGGCUGGUGAACUCAGCCUGUGCGCUGCGCUCGCCGCCGGCCACCUGGUUCGCGCUCACAUGGCCCACAACCGCAGUGCGGCACCCACCCGGUCCUCGACUCCCGUGUCGGCGGCCGUGGGCGCCACCCGUGGUCUCGCCAUGACCUCGCGAUGA